AUGAGGCUUCUCAACACGUCGACUCUGACACUGACAGAGUUCGUCGGCGAACAAGCGCCGCAGUACGCGAUCUUGUCUCACACCUGGUCGGACGGCGAGGUUUUGUUCCAAGAUUUACAAGAGGGCGGCGGCCCCUCAACCACCAAGGCGGGUUGGUCCAAGGUCCUGGCGGCGUGCCGUCUGGCGCAGGCGCAGAGCUACUCGUGGAUAUGGAUCGACACCUGCUGCAUCGACAAGUCAAGCAGUAGCGAGCUGUCCGAGGCCAUCAACUCCAUGUUCAAGUGGUACCGGGACGCCAAGAUCUGCUUCGCGUACCUCGCCGACGUCCCCUACUCGGAACCCGGGACUGAUGAGUGCGCCGCCGCGCUGGCCGGCAGCCGGUGGUUCACCCGCGGCUGGACCCUUCAGGAGCUCCUCGCUCCGUCCUCUCUGGACUUUUACUCUUCCGAAUGGAGGCGCAUAGCCUCGCGGCCCUUUCUGGCCGACGGUAUCCAACGCACAACAGGCAUCGACGCGGCGUACCUCUCGGGCUACAGCCUCAAGAACGCCAGCGUGGCCGCGCGCAUGAGCUGGGCAUCCGGACGAGAGACUACGCGCGUCGAAGACAUGGCGUACUGCCUCCUCGGUAUCUUCGAUGUCAACCUGCCGCUCAUCUACGGCGAGGGGAAAAAGGCCUUCCGGCGACUGCAGGAGGCCAUUCUUCGUCAGAUCGACGACCAGUCUCUGUUCGCAUGGGGCCCCAUAGACGAAGGCAACUCGAGCGGCGUGUUGGAUAGCAGGGCCUACCCUCUCCUCGCAGACGACCCGUCCUGGUUCAGGGGCUCGGGGGACAUCGUGCCGUUCCGGCCGCGGGGCAUUGAGACGCGGCUGCACGUCGCUCAUGACGGCGUGACAAUCACCUCGCCGCUGUGGAAGCGGAACCCUUCGAGCUGGGUCAAGCGUCCUAGAUCCGUCUACCUCGCUCCUCUGCAGUGCCAGAAAAAGAACAACGUCCUCAACAGCAUCGCGAUACGGUUAUGCAGUCUCGCCGACGGCGAUGAGGGGGAGGGAGGCGUGGGAAACUCGCCAGUGCCGUGCUACCGCUUCUCGCUGCUGCUGCUCACUGUCCCGAUGACGGCAUGGAAGAAGGAGAGCCUCUUGUCUACGUUUCUGUAUUUUAACAGCAGAGAGAGGCUGCGCGCGGGCGGUGUCAUGGACAGACAGGGAUGCGUCAUCCGCACGUUGCCGCGAGAGACCCAGACGAGAGAGAUGUUCUCGCCAGAUUUGGGUCUCUUGGAGACGAUGACUAUCAUCCCUUUUACAAAACGCCUUGCCAGAUCGUACGGUCUGGGGGCGCCCAUCGUGAUUCGCCUGGCGAGUUCACUCCGCAGGGACCUCGCUCUCGUGCUGCAGUACCAAUACAUGUCGAUGACCAACAGCGACGUGGACGCCGCCAUCUUCCCGCCUAUGCCGGGCUGGAUGAUCAACCGAGUCGUGGUCAUCCCUUCGGGUUCUACAAUCAAAGACGUCGCGAUCCGGUGUCAGGAGGAAUCCGAGCAGUGGACGCCGGAAUUCGUUCGUCGAGUGUCUGGUGGGAAGUGGGACGGUCAGCACGUUGGUGACAUGUCACCCACGGAUUCUGUUCAAAACAGUGGAUUGGAGACGUUCACUAGGUAUCGAGUGAGGGUGUCCAACGAGGAUGUCCAUGGUCCGUUGCUGUUUCUGGUUGAUGUUGAGGAUCUGGAGGGCGAGAAUCGUUCUUUGGAGGUACACCAUGGUGGGAGCUAUGUGCUUGCAAGGAAGUCUGGUAUCUAA